AUGUGCAACACCGCCUCCUCCCCCCUCUCCACCUCCCACCACCUCUUAAACCCCAUUAAACCCAUGGACGACGAGGACGAGGACGACGAGGACAAAACCUCUCACCAACACCUCCACCGCCUCCCCACUCUCUCUGAGGGCAACAUCUCUGAAGCGCGAAUCGACGAAACCCAGCAAGCAAAAAGAGUCCACCUUUGCGCCCAAUUCGAAUACUCCGCCUAUUGCAGCAGCAGCAGCUGCUGCUGCUGCGUGGUGUCGAUGGUGUUCCUCGGGACCCUCGGCGAGCUCCCGCUCGCGGCGGGCUCGCUGGCGAUCGGGUUCGCGAACAUCACGGGCUACUCGGUGCUGUCGGGGCUGGCCAUGGGGAUGGAGCCCAUCUGCGGGCAGGCCUUCGGCGCCGGGCGGCCGGACCUCCUGGCCCUGACCCUCCACCGCGCCGUCCUCCUCCUCCUGCUCGCCUCCCUCCCCAUCGCCCUCCUCUGGCUCUUCCUCAUGCACCGCAUCCUCCUGCUCUCCGGCCAGGACCCGGCCAUCGCCGGCGCCGCCAGGGCCUUCAUCGCCUGCUCCGUGCCCGACCUGGUCCUCCUGUCCUUCCUCCAUCCCCUGCGCAUCUACCUGCGCGCGCAGAGCGUGACGGCGCCCGUCGCGGCCUGCUCGGCGGCGUCGGUGCUCCUGCACGGCCCGCUCAACUACCUGCUCGUCCACCGCCUCCGCAUGGGGAUCGCCGGCGUGGCGCUCGCCUCCGUCCUCACCAACCUCAACCUCUUCCUCUCCCUCCUCGCCUUCCUCCUCCUCCUCCCCAACCCCAACCGCCGCUCCUGCUGGCUGCUCCCCGGCCCCGACUGCCUCCGCGGCUGGUCCAACCUCCUCCGCCUCGCCGUCCCCACCUGUGUCUCCGUCUGCCUCGAGUGGUGGUGGUACGAGCUGAUGAUCGUGCUGUGCGGCCUGCUGGCCAACCCGACGGCGACGGUGGCGUCGAUGGGGAUACUGAUCCAGACGACGUCGCUGGUCUACGUCUUCCCCUCGUCGCUGGGGCUCGGCGCCUCGACGCGCGUCGGCAACGAGCUGGGCGCGGGGCGGCCGGCGCGGGCGCGGCGCGCGGCGCUGGUGGCGCUGGCGCUGGCGGGGGCGACGGGGCUGGCGGCGAUGGCCUUCGCGGCGUCGGUGCGGCACGCCUGGGGCCGCAUGUUCACCUCCGACGCCGACAUCCUGCGGCUGACGGCGACCGCGCUGCCCAUCGCCGGGCUAUGCGAGCUCGGCAACUGCCCGCAGACCGCCGGCUGCGGCGUGCUCCGCGGCAGCGCGCGGCCGUCCGCCGGCGCCCACAUCAACCUGGGGUCCUUCUACCUCGUCGGCAUGCCCGUCGCCGUCGGCCUCGCCUUCGUCGCCCGCAUGGGCUUCACCGGCCUCUGGCUCGGCCUCCUCGCCGCCCAGGCCUCCUGCGCCGCCCUCAUGUUCUACGCCGUCGCCUCCACCGACUGGCUCCUCGAGGUCCAGAAAGCAAAGCAGCUCACACAACCUCCACCUCCACCUCCUGCUGCUGCCUACUCCUCCUCCUCCUCCUCCUCCUCCUCUUCUUCCCCUUCUCCUUCUCCUUCUCCUUCUCCUUCUAAUGGUAGUAGUAAUAAUAAUAAUAGUAACGACACUUAUAAUGAUGCUAUUAAUGGUCAUACUAAUGAGAGCAGCAGCACUAUUAAGAUUAAGAAUGGUACUAGUGAUGAGGACGAGGGUGAUUAUAAGUUGGCGAAGUUGGAUGAGGUUGUUGUGUGCAUUCAUAAUGGUUGUCAUGAGGAGGAGGAUGAGAAGAGGGCUCCCUUUGAGAAUGAUCAUCCUCUGAUUUAUCUCUGAGCAGUGGGACUCUGAUUUUCUCUUUUUCUUUUUUCCUUUUUCUGGGGGAGUUACGCAUGGUCUUCUUUUAUUCAGGAGUGAGGAUAGACUAGAUUGUGUUAGCCUUUCGUUUGAUUCUCCAUUUUUUUUUUUAAUUUCUUUCUUUCUUUUUUUUGCUAUUAUGAUUUUGUGUAUUGAGGUUUUGAUAAUACAUAUGAGACUCUGUUUCUCUC